UGAAUGGAGCUCGUGGAUAUUCUCCUCGAGGAAUGGCUCCUCCUCGUCUAUCUAGGGUUUCUCCUGUUCGUGCUGGUGGCGCUGCUGUGUGGCAACUGGCCGGUGUUCGAUCGCACGCCUGUUCGUGCGCUGCAUUCUUGGAUCGGAGGAGGAGCCUGCGACUGCGUCCAGGAAAUUCUCCGGCUCUGUCUCGGAUCUAGAGGUGUCCGAGGCUACGAAUUUGUAGAACAUAUUUGCUGCGAGCGGCCAAAUCCAAUUUUGCAGCUCUUUUACUUGUCUCUUAUCGUUGGAGGUUUCUCUGUCUUCUACUCCACUUCGUUCAAGUACAUUCCCGGGAGAUUUCUUUCCUCGAUACACAGAUUUUUGGGACCCUCGGCAGUUUUAGUGGGCAUCGCCAUCUUUUUGCUAGCUAGUUUUUCUGAUCCUGGAACAAUCACUGCUUCGAACUUGGCUACGCACGAAGACAUCUAUCCUUUUGAUGGCAUCAUUUACACGGAGAAGAUCUGUCCAACGUGCAACAUUCCACGACCAGCAAGAUCAAAACACUGCAGCAUUUGUAACCGCUGCAUUGCCCGUUUUGAUCACCACUGUGGAUGGAUGAACACUUGCAUCGGCGCCAACAAUCUCAGAUACUUCGUAUUCUUUUUGAUCUGGCACUCUAUACUCUGCUGCUACGGAGUCAGCCUGUUGGUAGCCAUACUUGCCGGAGAGGUCAUGAGAUAUGGAGUCAUGGAAAGGCUAUCAUUUUAUGGAAUGGUCACUUUCUAUGACAAGCUGCCACAUCUUGUGCAGUGGGUGAUAACGUUCUACAAUCAUCAAGUGCUCCUGCUCAUGUUCUUGUUCGUUGUCUCCAUUCUACUGGCGUCUUUUCUGGUCUAUCACUUGUACUUGAUAGCCAGGAACACCACAACAAACGAGGUCUACAAAUGGGAAGCUUACACGAGAUGGUACACUGAUGCUAAUGGUAAAUCUGAAGAUCCUGGCAAAACGUCGAAGUCACUCUGGAAUGGUUGCGGGUUUUGGAGUGCUAGAAGGAAAUCCGAUCCGGAUAGAGCUGAAAAUAUAUACAACAGCGGAAUGGCAAGGAACUUCGGCGAGGUUCUCUUUCCGUUGAAACACAAAGACAAAGUUCACUCGAAGCAGAGGUAACCAAAACACCAUUUUUGUUUCUUACAGUUACAGACAAUAUAUACCCGAAAGAAGAUCCAUGUCUAGAAA